AUCCUUAGUAUAUUCUUCAUAGAUAAAGGCAACUAGACAUGCAGUUCUCAGGGAGAAGUGCUGUACUGACUGCAUUGAUCUGGCUAAAAGUAAUUCAAGGUGCUCGACCUGGUGAAGACACUUCAUCUGCUGAUGAUGAAAAUGAAACCUCUACAAAAGCAUUAAGUCUAAAUGAGUGGCACAGCAAAUCCUGCAAAUGUGAUUGCCAAGGAGGAUCCGGGUCAUUGUCUUCCAAAGUUGCAGCACUAGAUUGCAUGCCAGAAUGUCCAUAUCAUAAAGCUGUUGGUUUUGAAUCUGGAGCCAUAAGUGCAGAGCAGUUAACAUCUGCUAGCCAGGACCAGUAUUCAGGAUGGUACUCAUCAUGGACUCCCAACAAAGCAAGGCUUAAUGGACAAGGCUUUGGAUGUGCAUGGCUAGCUAAAAUCCAAGACAAUGGACAAUGGCUACAGAUAGACCUGAGAGAUGUGAAGGUUAUUUCUGGCAUUAUGACACAAGGAAGAUGUGACAUAGAUGAGUGGACGACAAAAUACAGUGUUCAAUAUCGAUUGGAUGAGACUUUAAAUUGGGUUUACUAUAAAGAUCAAACAGGAAAUAAUCGGGUAUUUUAUGGAAACUCAGAUCGCUCUUCAACAGUGCAAAACUUCUUACGCCCUCCUAUAAUAGCACGUUACAUAAGGAUAAUUCCACUGGGUUGGCAUGUCCGCAUAGCCAUAAGAAUGGAAUUGCUUGAGUGUAUGAGCAAAUGUGCUUAACAAUCAGAAAAUUGUAAAUUACCAUACACAGAAUAUGUAACAAACUUCCUAGUGUACAUCUAGGUAUACAAAUGUAUUCUAAUAACUAAUUUUUGAUCAAGAAAAGUCAUAAAAGUAGUUUUAAAACCCUUUAUAGCUAAACAUAUUAGAGCUGCAACAUAUACACAAAAUGUAUGUGAUUAUAUUUUUUAACACAGUAUCUUGCAUUUAAGAAGUUUUAAAUGGUAUAUGUUUGUGGACAGAUUUUGUUGUGAUUAAAAGCUACCAUAUAAAAAAAAAAGUUUUGUUUUAACUGUAAACAGUGUGCGUAAAGUUCAUUUGAAGACAAGGAAUGUUUAAUGGAUUUACUUUUCAAAUUGUUUCCAAUUUUUAAAACACCAACAUUUUGAAUAACAGACAUAGCAAAUAACUAAAUGGAAAAUACAAUAUACAAUUUUCAGGUCACAGUUGGCUUAGUAUUUUUCAAUCAGGUACUCAAACAAAUCUUUUAGCCGGUAAACCACACAUUUU